GAUAAAAUAACUUCCGGUUGAAUUACGAAUUAUGCAGCGCCGUAGCCGUCAUUUGCAUCAUCGUGCCUAAUCUGUACUUGAACCAUGUUGACCCCACCGAGGGAAGGGACGCCCUGUAUGAUCGACAGGGCACUGAAGAUGAGGAGGGAAGAGCAGGCUCGACAGGUCGUCCUCGCCUGGGCUGUCCUCAACGUGUCCCUGGCUGGCAUGAUUUACACCGAAAUGUCGGGGAAACUGCUGUGUCGGUAUUACAACAUCACCUACUGGCCUAUCUGGUACAUUGAGCUGGCAUUUGCCUCCCUCUUCAGUCUAAAUGCUCUUUUUGACUUCUGGAAAUAUUUCAAAUACACUAUGGCUCCGUCCACCAUUACUGUGACCCCCGAGCAGCACCGCCUCCUGGGCUUAAGAAACACAAGUUUCCAGGCCUCUCCACCACAGAAGCCGGAAAAGAAGGAAACCCCGGCUCCAGCCGAGUCGUGUCCGCUGCAGGGUCAGAGUGUGCUGAGCUUCAGCCCCUCCCGGCCGGCCUCCAGCAGUCCCAAGUUCUCCCCGAGCUGUGUCACGGGCUACAGCCCCUCUCUCAGUAACCCCUCCACAGCGAGCAGCGCAGGAGGCCCCUAUUCCCCCUCAGUGGCCUUCGGAAAGGUGCUGAGCUACAGUCCUUCCUCUGGAUCCUCUCCCUACUCCAACAGCGUCGGGUCGGCGGAAGGCUCCAGCUUGAGGGCUCGGUAUCGCACGUCCCCGUCAGUGUUCAACUCCCCGGGAAGCAAAGAGGACUACAUGGAGGAUCUGAAAAGUCUGGAGAGGUUCCUGCGCACAGAGGAGGAGAAGAGUCACCGCAGCCAGCUGGGCAGUCCGGAGGCUGUGUCUCCGAGCCACAGCCCAACGUUUUGGAACUACAACCGUUCGGUGGGAGACUACGCCCAGAGCUUGAGGAAGUUCCUCUAUCAGCCGGCGUGCCGCUCCCAGGCGCCGUCCGCCAACAAGGACGAGACGGACCUGGGCUCCAAACAGGCCGCCGAGGAGUGGAUCAGCGACACCAUCCUGGUCCCUCUGGUUAAGGAAAUCGACACUGUCAACAGCCAGCUCCGGAGGAUGGGAUGCCCGGAGCCCCAGAUCGGAGAGGCAAGCAUCAGCAGCCUGAGACAGGCAGCGGUGAUGAAGGCCUCUCUGAUCCCCACACUGAACUCCAUAGUCCAGUACCUGGACAUCACACCCAACCAGGAGUAUCUAGUUGACAGACUAAAGGAGCUGGCUCACAGCGGCUGCAUGAGCUCGUUCCGCUGGAACGGCGGCGGCGACCUGAAGAACAGGAAGUGGGACACAGACAUCCCCACCGACUGUGCUAUUCUCAUGCAUGUCUUUUGCACAUACUUGGACUCCAGGCUUCCUCCACACCCAAAGUACCCAGACGGGAAGACUUUCACCUCUCAGCACUUCAGCCACACCCCCGACAAACCUGGUGUGCACGCACAGGCUGAUGAAAAGGGAAAUCUCUGUGAAUUCCUCUCUUCUUCUACGGUUUUAAUUGUGGUUUCUUUGGCUGUAGAUGUUACCAAGGAGACCCUCUUCUGCAUCCACCAGAGCAGCACCACUCCGCCUCACUACCAGCUCAUCUACCAGGGCCACAUCUACAGCCUUCCUAAGGGCAGAAACAACCUGUUCCACACCAUCCUCAUGUUUCUCUUUGUGAUUAAGACCAAAGAGUCGGGGAUGCUCGGGAGGGUGAAUCUUGGACUCUCUGGCGUCAACAUCCUGUGGAUAUUUGAGGACUGAUGCCUCAUCUUGAAUAGUUAACUGCUGCCUGUGCAUCCCCCCCCCCCCAAAAAAAACCUCAUAAAAGUGUUGUAAGGCUCAGUAUCAGCUGCACAUUGGGGGUAAAUGCACUCAGUUUGAGACAUAAUCCAUGCAAGCUUUGGGACUCUUUGGCUGUUUUAGUUUCUGUUACACCGCAGAGUCCUUAAGACACAAAGAGCUUUGGGUUUGUUUUAAUUUUUUUAGAGCUUUUUGCAUUCUGACUUUUACAUUUUGAGAAUGUACCAGCAUGGCAGCCUUGUAAAUCAUAUACCUCAGAUAUGCCAGCUUGAUCGCAAAGGGCUCAGACCCAUUAGCUUGAAUGUAAAUAGAGUAUGUGUGGACCUGCCGUGCAUUUUUCUGCCAUCAGCAAACCUUUACUGAGUAGUUUGGAGUUGUUUUGUUAAAAUAAAUGUUUGCAACUGUUGGGAACCUAUCAGUAUAUGCUUAAAUAAAGCUAAAAGUGUGGAUUUUUACAAAAUGCUCAAAAGAAUCCUCUGUAGUUGCAAUGUUUUUCAUGCUAAAAUCGGGAAAUUAUGAAACAGGCAUAUUUAUGUCAUUAAUUUACAGAUUUUUUCUUUACCAUUUAGCCUCAUUCAUAUCCCACAUGUUUGCAACUGCUGUUUUAUAGAUAUUUCUCCUGAGGUCUGUCAAUUAAACUGAGAUUUUUAAAUAAACCUGGUUCUUACAAGGUGUGAAUGACAAAAACAGACCAGUGGGAGGCAGUAUGUGUCCCAUUAAACAGGUUGACCUUAUUUUUUUUUCUCCUUUCAAAUCACAUAAGCAGAGAUGUGAUGCAGAGACUAGCUUCAGG